GAGGACCGGCAGCGGAUUAAUGUAGGGUGGGUGGCAGGCCCUGCAGAUGCCAAGGAGGAGUACGAUCACAAAAUCGCAGUAUACAGUCAACGUUUAGGAUGUCAGAUGUACAAUUUUGUCAGUUAUCCGAUCGGAGGAGUGAAACGCGGUUUUUGGAAGCCGAAUAGCACCACGGCCGUUCCUCCUCCCAUUGAUCUCCCCGAUGUGCAGCUGCAGAAUCAUUUAUGGGAGACCUAUGUUAAUGCCCAAAUCUCUUCAUGGAUAGACUGUGACUCUGAAAAGGAAGAGCUAGCCGCAUUGUCCGAGAUUGAAUUGCAAAAGGAGCUCAAUUACUGCGCCUACAUGGGCCUCCGCAGUGCUGUAUUUCGGUUAAAACAUGCAGACUCUCCUCGAUUAGCCCGUAUUCUCAAUCAAUGGCUAUGGACAAAGAACGUGAACCUGUGGUAUGUCCAUCUGUGGAUUCUGGUUCCGACUUCAAUUGACGACCUGGUGCGGUUACCAAAUGAUGAGAGAGAUUGCUGGGCGGUUUGGGCAGAUUUUCGGAAACUUUGUUCAAACUUCUCUAGCCAAAAGCUCAUAGGUAAACCCUCUGAUAUUGACUAUGAAUUUGUUGACAAAAAGCUGAUUUCUCGAUGGAAAGCAGAGCCGGUAACCAUCUUUCUCUCUACCUUCUGUACACGUCACAGAGCGAAUUUACUCUGCUCUGAGCAAAUUGCGCAUGCAAACUUGUUGGUUGAGUUAUGGAUGUCAGACAAUUCCCGAAUUAUGGUUCGAGGGUCGCUUGAUCAUGAGAUUUCGCCACAGGUGCAACUUCACUGUGCUCAGGUAACCCCUGUUUAUAAUUCCUACUCCGUGCCCUUGCAACCACUAGCUGACAAUUUGGACUCUAGCGUUUACAAUACCUUCGAACAAGAUCCGGUAAAAUAUCGAAGGUAUCGCGAAGCGGUGGAGCUGGCUAUCCACGAUUACGGUGAAUCAGCUGCUCGCCCUGAACGGCUUGUACUCUACGUAUUGGGAGCUGGAAGAGGUCCACUGGUUACAUGCUCAAUCGAAGCUGAGCGAAAUUAUAACGCUCGUUUUCGAUGCAAACGGGAUCGACUUCAGCUGGAAAUUUAUGUUGUAGAAAAGAAUGCAAAUGCUAUCGUGACGCUGAAGUACAUGAACCAAAAUGUUUGGAGAAGUCGGUGUGUUAUCAUAGAAGCGGACAUGCGAGAUGUUCCUGCAAUCGCAGCUGAACAUGGAUACCCUCAGCCGGACAUCAUAGUCUCUGAACUGCUCGGAUCGUUCGGAGACAACGAACUGAGUCCUGAAUGUCUGGAUGGUAUCACGCCAUUAUUGAAGCCUUCGACAAUAAGUAUACCUCAAAAAUAUACUAGUUUUGUUGCUCCUAUAAUGUCUCUUCACAUGCAUCAGCAAAUCAGACUUUGUAGUGCAAGUUACUGGAAUCGGGGGUUACCAGCACAUGGACGAGUAGGACCUCAGCUUCAACCUGAUGGCAGUUAUCGGCAAAACUACCCGCAAGGUGAACAUGUCUCGAAUAUGGACCAGAUAUAUGUAGCCUUUUUACGGCAAUAUUGUGCUCUCGCCGACCCGAAGCCAGUUUUUACAUUUGUUCAUCCUAACUUCGAAAACAAGUCAAAUGAACGGUCAGCUAGUAUACCGUUCGAGGUGGAUCGUCCAGCUGAUUUGAUGGGUUUUGCUGGUUAUUUCCACAUGAACCUGUAUAAGGAUAUAACCUUGUCGAUAGAACCAUCGACAUUUUCGGACGGCAUGAUUAGUUGGUUCCCGGCGCUCAUUCCUCUUCGAGACUUGUAUCGAGUGGCCCUCAACAUAGAACGGAAAGUUGAUGACUCUGGCGUGUGGUAUGAGUGGUUUAUACAUCAUACGGACACCGAUGGUGAGCACCAUGCAACGGUUGUGCAAAAUCGAAAUGGUGAAAGCUACUACAUGAAACUCCACUGA